UCAGGGAUCUUGGUGGAGUUCUCGGAUCUGUCCAUACAUGUUAGAGCGCCUGGGGACCUCUCGGACGCAGAGCGUGACAGUAUUUGUGACUUCCUCGAGGAUCGCAUUCUGGCCGAAGAAAGAACUCAACUGCACCAGCUCCAGUUCGUCUAUGACUCACUUAAAAGCGUUUCGUUCUCGGAGUUUUGGCAAUGCGCUGACGCUGUAGACGAGGAAGCUGAUAACCAACUCAAACGAAUUGUCAAAAGCUAUUUUAAGGAUUGCAACAACAAAACAAAGGAGGAACUUGCAACUUUGGCAGAAGCCAGAAAAGCCUCUAGGGUUGUCCCCUCCAGUAUCAAGCGUAAUGAUCACGUGAAUUGGGACGGUAUUGCACGGGAUAUCAGAGCCUUACUUGGGGUCCAUCACGAUCACUCGUUUACAGGUCGUGCUGUUGCGCGAAUAUUUCACGGUAUUGAUAGUCCGUGUUAUCCAGCGGAGGUGUGGGGUCGUGAUCGCCGUUUUUGGAGAAAACAUUUGGACGUUGAGUUUAACAGUCUGCGAAAGUUUGCCACUCAAGAACUUGUUAGGUUCAGAUGAGAUAGGAAUCUUGAUUAACGAAAUAUUGCUGCACAGGAAUAUGAAAUACUUCCCAAUCAAUGCUACAUUUAUUUUUUUUUAACAAGGAUUCAAUUUUUCAUGUAUUGAUGUUAAGAAAGCGUUGGAAAACGUACCUUCGUUUUUAGCAGUCGAAGCCAUUACUACGCAAACAAAAAAUAUACUCCAGCAAAUAAAAAAUAUACAGCAGCAAAUGAAAAUAUACUGCAGCA